AUGCAGGUGCGAAAGCCUAGAGAAACAGUUUGUGUUGAUCCAUGGCAACGCCGUGACAAUGGGUUCAUCUCGAAUCUUCAGUUGAACAACAGUUUGAUGAACUUGUACGCAAGACAUGGAGAUUUGAUACGCGCACGUAAUCUGUUCGAUAGAAUGCCUAAAAGAGAUGUUGGUUCUUGGACAGCUAUGAUUUCAGGAUAUUCUCGAAGUGGAUAUCACCUGAGCGCGUUGUUGUUGUUCAAACAGAUGCGUGGGGAGCCUGUUAGGGCUAAUGACUUCACUUACGGGAGUGUUUUGAAGUCGUGUAAAGAUUUGGGAUGUCUAAAAGAAGGGAUGCAGAUAUGGUUGUGUGGAGAAAGGGAGAUUUGCAGAGAACUUAGUUUUGAGGAGUGCAUUGCUUUCUCUUUAUGCUAA